UCUAUGGCACGCUUGGUCGUCACCGAGGUGACGGAGCGGAAAAGGGCAAGAAGAGGCUUGGUCCCCACUGCACAGUGGCAGGCGUGAAGCCCAACCGAGCAGCCGUGCCUUUUUCCAACCACUGUCACCGCCACUCCCAACCCCGCUCAUCCUUGGCUCGGUUGGCGGAGGCCACGUCUGUGACCUCGACUCAGGGCCCCCUGGCAAUGGCAGAAAUGGACCCUGCACAGGAUCGUGUGGUCUUUGAGGAUGUGGCCAUAUAUUUCUCCCAGGAGGAGUCAGGGCUCCUUGAUGAGGCUCAGAGACACCUGCACCGUGAUGUGAUGCUGGAGAACUUUGCACUUUUGUCAUCAAUAGGUUGUUGGCAUGGCACUGAGGAUGAGAAGGCACCUGAGCAAGGUGUUUCUGUGGGAGUGUCACAGGACACACCUCCAAAGCCCCAUUUAUCCGCCCAGAAGACCCAGGCCUGUGAGACGUGUAGCUCACUUCUGAAAGACAUUCUGUGCUUGGCUGAGCAGGACGAGACACACACUGAUCAAGAGCUAUACAUCUGUGGGGCAAAUCUUCACCAACGCCAAAAGCUGCAGAGUAGAGAAAAACUUUACAGAAGUGAUGAGGGGAGGCCUUCAUUUUUGAAGAACCACAAAGUUCACAUGGCAGAAAGGACCAUCCCUUGCAGGGAGGGUGGCAAGGACUUUACUGCCCAUUCAGACCUUCUCCAGCAGCAGGUCCCUCACAGUGAGUGGAAGCCACGCAUGGACACACAGGGCAGGGAGGCCUUUGAAAGCAGACAGAAUUAUUACAAUUGUAGCAAAUGUGGGAAAGACUCUUGCCACCAGCAUAUGCUUUUUGAGCAUCAAAAAAUCCAUUCUAAGGAAAGGCCAUAUGAGUGCGGUGAAUGUGGGAAAUUGUUUCAGUACAAUUCCAACCUUAUUAAACAUCAGCGAAAUCACACUGGAGAAAGGCCUUAUAAGUGUAGGGAAUGUGGGAAAGCCUUUAGUCUCAAAUAUAAUGUUGUUGAACACCAGAGAAUUCACACUGGAGAGAGGCCUUAUGAGUGCACUGAAUGCAGGAAGGCUUUCAUUAGAAAGUCCCACCUUGUUCAGCACCAGAAAAUCCACAGUGAAGGAUUCUUUACAAAAAGGUCUGACCUUAUCGAGCACCAGAUAAUUCACACCAGGCCAAGGCCUUAUGAAUGCAGCCAGUGUGGGAAGGCUUUCCUUACACAGUCCCACCUUAUUGGUCACCAGAAAAUCCAUACUGGAGAAAGGCCUUAUGAAUGCCGUGAAUGUGGGAAAUUCUUUAUGUACAGUUCCACACUCAUUAGACAUCAGAAAGUUCAUUCUGGUGAAAGGCCUUAUUAUUGCAGUAAAUGUGGGAAAUUUUUUAUAGACAGCUCCACACUCAUUAUUCAUCAGAGAGUUCACACUGGAGAAAGGCCUUACGAGUGCAGCGAAUGUGGGAAAUUCUUUAGGUACCGCUCCACGCUUAUUAGACAUCAGAAAGUUCACACUGGAGAGAAGCCUUAUGAGUGCAGUGAAUGUGGGAAGUUCUUUAUGGACAGCUCCACACUCGUUAUUCAUCAGAGAGUUCACACUGGAGAAAAGCCUUAUGAAUGCAGCGAAUGUGGGAAAUUUUUUAGAUAUUGCUUCACACUGAAUAGACAUCAAAGGGUUCACUCUGGAGAAAGGCCUUAUGAAUGCAGUGAAUGUGGGAAAUUCUUUAUGGACAGCUCCACACUCAGUAGUCAUCAGAGAGUUCACACGGGAGAAAGGCCUUUUGAGUGCAGCAUAUGUGGGAAAUUCUUUAGGUAUCGCUCCACUCUUGAUACGCACCAGAGAGUUCACACUGGAGAAAGGCCUUUUGAGUGUAGUGAAUGUGGGAAAUUCUUUAGGCACAACUCGAAUCAUAUUAGACAUCGGAGAAACCACAUUGGAGAAAGGCCUUAUGAGUGCAGUGAAUGUGGGAGAGACUUUAGCCAAAAUUCCCACCUCAUUCGGCACCAAAAAGUUCACACUAAAGAAAGAACUUAUGAGUGCACCAAAUGUGGGAAGUUCUUUACGGACAGCUCCACACUCAUUAGUCAUCAGAGAAUCCACACUGGAGAAACGCCUUAUGAGUGCAGUGAAUGUGGAAAAGUCUUUAGAUACAACUCCAGCCUCAUUAAACAUCGGAGAAUUCACAGUGGAGAAAGGCCUUAUAAGUGCAACGAAUGUGGGAGAUUCUUUAAUCAGAAUUCCCACCUAAUUCAGCACCAAAAAGUUCACACCAGGUAAAGAACUUAUGAGUAAAGGAAACGUGGAAAGACUUCAAACAGAAAUCUGCUCUGAAUUAGCACUGGGAACUAUUUUUUAAAAAAUGUUUUUAAUUGUAAAAUAAAAUCUACCCUCUUAACUGUAUUAAAGUGUAUAGUUUAGUAGUGCUAAGUUAUUCACAUUGUUGUGCAAUGAAUAUCCAGAAGUCUUUUUAUCUUACAAAACUAAAACUACACCCUUUAAAUAAUUCCUCAUUCCCCACUACACUCUGAUAACCACUACUCUAAUGAAUAUUACUACUCCAGGUACUCUGUAUAAGAAAAAUUAAAUUUUG